AAACAUUUGACUCCACUUCCUCAAACUGUGAAGCUGCUCCCCGUGUGUUAGUCCAGCCUGCCUGCACGCUCUUACUCAAUAACACAUCCUCCCCCCUCCGAGCAGGAAACGAAACCCAGCCUCAGACACUGUCUGUCGGCGUGAGAGCAGCUAGAGGCCCGGAGCUGUGCUGGUGGAGGUGGUGGUGGUCUAAUGGCAGGUCAGUGGAGUGGAGCUGGAGCGACACGAUCCCGGCAGACAGGACGACCAGCAGCUGCUGCCCUCGCGCUCCUCACGCUGCUCACCUGCUGCGUCAGGUGUGCGGAACCGACAGGAAUCAAACCGAGCAACAUCAUCCUCAUCCUCGCCGAUGACCAGGAUGUGGAGCUGGGGGGUAUGGUGAGUGAGACCCCUCCAUGAAAGUGCUUUAUAAUAUUCACUUUUAUUGAAAAUAGGUGUUUUAUUGGCUUUAAUUACUGUUAUGGAGUUUCUACCUGUGAGACACACACCUGGACGUUCCAAUAAUGUGUUUAUAGACACCGAGGAUACACCUCAGAGUCAUGUUAUCUAACUUUAUAAUCUUUAUAUCAUCUUAUUAUCUGUUUUAGGGGAGAGUGGGGUAAGUUGAGCCACCCCCUGUUGCUUGAAAAUGGUCAAAGAAAUUGAUCAUGUGACCAAAUAUUUAGGAGAUGGUUCUCAAUUCAUGGAGUCUGUGAAGGUUAGAAGCACAUGGGCGAAGGGGUUAGACAUUUAUUUCCAAAAAAAAAAAAAAAAAAACAUUUUCCACUCUUGAAAGUGAAUUUAGUCUGUCAUAAGUUUCAUUAAAAUUGUGUUCAGACCAAAAAAGAUGUGGUAUCGAUUAGCUACAACAUGAGGUCAAAAACCUAACAUAAAAGUCCACCAUUUUAGCUUAGCGGACUAAUAAAGUCAUAAUAGUAGUUCUGGGGUAACUGAGAAAGUAAAGAAGUCUGAUGAGAGGAUCAGAGUUUCAGUUCAGGUUGUUGAAAUGUUUUUACUUUUUCUUUUCAAAAAUACAGCUGUGAAUGUUCUGAAUCACUUAAAAACAUUCUCAUGUUAAAAUGACUUUUUAAAAAAACAGCUUUUUAAAAAUAGUAAAAGGAAUCAUUGUACCGGUUGAAUGGCGUAUAAUAGAUAAAAAAAAUACACAAGAAGUGACUGUUAUUUAGGGAGAGAGAAGGUGAGGGAGGGCUGGGGUGGAGAUCCAACCUGUGAAUGAAUAAAACUUUAAGGCUGUAUUAUAGCUUUUUCAGCUAGUCUACUUCAAUCACGAUGUAAGCUGCUGACUGCUAACUUUACAGUAUAUGAAAUGAGAAAGAUUAUAGCCACCAUGACAAACGUUUAGUUUGAGUUUAUUUUGGCAUCCUCUGCACUCCCAUAAGGGCCUGUGUCCACCAGAGGCAUUACAUGUGCAUGUCAUUAAUUUUGAAGCUUCUCUCAGUGGCUAAUACUGUUGCUAGAGUUAUUUAAAGGGAUAUUAAAGGGAUAUAUCAUAAAUGUUCUUCCUUGAGUUGCGUCAGCCCGCAGCAGUCUGUAAAGGACUGGCCUGAGGUCUCACUACAAACAAGCAGCUGCUGGAAGAGAGUAGGUGAGCUGUGUUUAGUCUCUUUGCUCAAGAAAUUAGGCAAAGUUAAAAAGAUGUUUGGUGGCUAGUACUAUGGCUUGGACCCUAUAUGUACUGUUAAUGAAGUUAGGUGCUGUUCUGAGCAUUAUUUGUGGCUAUAGAGUGGCGUUUUGGUUGAGGUUUGUUUAUGGCUCCUCAGACCGCUGUGUAUUGCUAUCCUGCGGUCGUUACUAAAGUUGGUAUAACUAGAGAAGCAAGUGGGCGGCAACAUUCAUCUCUGGAGGGGGUGUCUAACUUGGUGUUACGGUGUGCUUGACCCUUAAUUAAUGUUACGCUGGAAUAUCCCUUUAAGUUGCCUUGUGGCGCUUCCUCUUACCUUACUACUGACCAUUAAGUCUGGUUUUAAAAAUGCUCUGUAUGCUUCACAUUUGCUUUAACUAAUUAAAACAUAAAGAAGAUUUAAAAUAGAUAAAAAUUUUGUCACAGCAUCUGCAGCAGCUGGAUAUUGUACCUUAACCAAGCCUGUGUUCAGUUACUCCUCCUUAUAAACCUCCACCAUUGUUGUUGACAAAACUCAUAUGAAAAACCACGCCCCUACCUGAUUUUGAUUGGUUGAUGAUGGAGAAGUGAUACGCCCCAAAAGUUAAACUAUUUUCAUAUGAGAAAUACCUGUUUUCACUUUUUACACCAUACAAGUCAUUUUAUGAGAAUAUUAUAACACCGCCACACCCUUAAUGUACUUAAUUUUGUAUCCAUUCAUAAUUUUUUCUCAUUGUUGCAGGUAUAACAUUUUUAUGACUAUCCUAACCUCUUCACUUUCCUAAUGCCGCUGCUCUCUGACAGAUACUGAACUGAAGUUUGUCAUUUUAAUACAUUGACAAUAAAGUCCUGUUAGGCCCCAAUGUAGUGACUAUGCUGACCUGAAUUUUGGUCACUGUCUGGGUGCGGGAGUGAGGUGUUUUUGACACUUCUAGUACAAUCCAAUAUUUCAUGCAUGUCUUUCUGUUAAAUGACAAUAAACUCAUUUUCUACAACCUCAAAAUAUUUAUCCAACUACCUGACAGUAUGACAAAUAACAGCUGCAUGAGUUCAUAUCUGAGCAACUUAAAACUGAAUGUUCAGCCUUUGUGCAAACAGAGAUCAUGUGUGCAACAACACUGAAGUGCUUUUCUAAUGAGUCAAACUAGGAGUUUAUUUUUUACAGCUUCAAACUUGUGAAGGGGAUGUGUGAGGUCAGUGGUUGAGUUGGUCUGUUUCAUGCUUUCUCUAUUAAAUACUCAGUCACUAUCAUGAAGAUAACAGUCUGGGGAGAGAUCAGCUGUCAGAUAAACAAGCUUGUUUGUUAUUUAAAGAUCUGUGCUUUAACAGAGUCUGUGUAUUGAUGUUGAGGAGGGAAGUUAGGCGUCUGUCCUGGUGUCAAGUUUGGUUUCACUUUGUCUUUCUGUGUUCUGCAGACCCCCAUGAAGAAAACCAAAGCUUUGAUAGGAGACGCAGGAGCUACUUUUGUGAACGCUGUGAGUAUUUUACACAAACACAAAGUAUUUUACAAUGACAGCGUGUCUAAAUAGUCGCUCAGAAUGGUGCAUUCCUGUUAUUGGGUUAGCUGAGGAGUAAACAAGGAGAAAACAGCAGCAGAGUCAAGGUGAUAGAUUUACCUUGAAAUCUCCAGAUCUCAAACCGAUUGAGAACCUGUGGGAUGUUCUGGAAAACCAAGUCCAUCCACACCUCGUAAUUUUAAAGGAUCAACUGCUGAGGUUUUGGUGCCAGAUCCCACAGCACGCCUUCAUGGGGUCCUGGUUUUGACUGUGUAUGAAACACAUGUCUGUCACCUUUUUAAUCUUCCUGUCACAUGUUUCCCAUGUGAGUGAGUAAUUUCCCCUCAAACUUCUCACAAAGUUUCCCCUCAGGAACUUUUUUUAGUCAGCAGUGAAAGAAUGAACCAGGUGAGAUGUUAAUGAUGUAGACAGUUUAGCUUUCAAACCAUGAGUGCAGCAGUAUCCCAGUUUGGACCUAAAAAAAUGCUCUGUAAACAUGAAACACUGUAAAGUUAUAGACAACUGAAUAAUAUUGUGCUGUAACAGGCUUUAACAGCAGAGUGUCCUCAAAAGUUCUUGAGUUUGUUGAAAACAGACUCAGAUUCUCUGUUUUAUUUGUUGCCAGCAACAAGUUUUUAAAAAUUGGCACAGAGUUUUGUUUACUGUAGAUGUUAAAAAUGCAGAGACCUGGUUCUGCAAUCCAUCCAUGUCUGAAGUUUUGAACUGCUUAACAUUUCAGGGUCUCCAAAUGUUUUCAUGGACCGCAUCAGUCCAGUUUCUGAGCAGGACUCUUCUCCUGCAGAUCCAUGCUGUUGUAAUCCCUGUUGUCAGAAUGUGGUUUGGGAUCAUAUGAAGGUCUUCCCUUAAAAAAACUCAUAGUCUGGAUGGACGCAGAUGUUGCUCCUAAACCUGGAGAUACUGUUUAAAACUCAGGAUGCAGCAUCUAUGAUUUCUAGUUCUUCAUUGAAAGGACAACUGAAAUUACUUGAGACGUUUCGUCUGAGGCGAAAUGUCUCAAGUAAGGCCAGUUGUCCUUUCCAAAAGAAUGAGAGAAUUUGAUCCAUCAGACCACAAGAAAGUUUUCCUCGUCCCCUCAGUCCACAUUAAAUGGACUCAGGUCCAGAGAAGUCUCUGGCAUACCUGCCAAAACUCCUGUUUUUCCCAGGACUCACCUGUAUUUUGAUGGUCCACGUUCAUUAAUGAAUCGGAUCUGAUCUCUCUAUAUAUAUAUGUCCAAAGUUUCCAGAUUUCCAGACAACCAAAGAUUGUCCUGUGUUUCUGCUGAGCCUCACAGACACUGGAUUGAUACUUUUACUUUACAAUUUGGGAUGAUUCAAGCUGUAAACUAUAUUUAAACAGUGUUUGUUGAAAAGUGAACACUUCAAUGAAAGGGAAACAAACGUGAGAUAUAAUAUUUACGUUGAUAGUCUCGGAGUAAUGCUUUCAAGGCAGCCUCAGAUAAAAAAGUGCGGUAUUGCACGCACAGAUGUUCAGAGAGCCUCAUACAGGAGAGCAUGUUAAACAUAUGACGACUUUAACACUAAUACUAGUGGACUAAAUAAGCUCAAGGCAUAUCGUAGCUGUUAUUUUUUUAUUACCAUUUGUUAUUGUUAAAACAAAAAAGUGUGCAGCCUCACUUACACUUAUUUGGAUGAGCAAUCUAAUUACAAAUACUCUCAUAAUUAGCUCAUAUCCACCAUACAAGGUAACCUCAAAACUGCCACGCUGCAAAAAUCUCCCGGAUUUUAUAACUCAAAUGUUGGUAGGUAUGGUCUCCAGUGUUUCUGGUUGUAUCUGGUCUCCUCUUUCCUCGUUCAGUUUGAACCUCUUUAGUAGAUGCAGUGACGAACUGUGUUCACAGUCUGUGGUUUUUAAAGUGAUUCUGAGUCCAUGCAGUGACUCCCACUCCAGAGUACUGUCUGUUUUUCAUGUUCUGUAGACCAGGACAGUCUUGGUUUCACUGUUAGUAUUUUAUCUAAAGUCACAUGAUUCUUCAGUUUGGCUGAGUAACUUGAACUCGUGUUUUUUGCGCCCACCUGUGUACCGACAUGUUUGAACCUCACGUGUUGAAACUGAACACAUCCUCCUCUGUCAUGCUUCUCUUUUGUCAUCUCCUCUUUCUCCUUCUCUUCCUCUAUUCUCGUCCCCCUUCUCUCGCUUCCUCAUCCCGUGAAGUUCACAGUCACGCCGCUGUGCUGCCCGAGCAGGAGCAGCAUUUUGACGGGUCAGUACCCCCACAACCACGAGGUGAGGAACAACUCCUUGUCUGGGAACUGCUCCAGCUCUCUGUGGCAGAAAGGACCAGAGUCCGAGGCCUUCCCCAUCUACCUCAACAAACAGAAAUACCAGACCUUCUUCGCUGGGAAAUAUCUCAACCAGGUUUGGACACUUUUCGAAACUUGACCAGAAGAGAAAGGAGGCUUUUUAGUAGGUGAAGUCAGGGGAUCAACUAACUGAGAGUAAAGUAGUUAUUUUAAAAGAUUAAAGGCGUGAAAAUGAGGUUGUUAAUUUAGUUAACGAUUGAUUACAUAAUGCUUAUUUUGAAGGAGGAUAGACUUAUGCUGCGUUCCAGUUAUCUUGGAAGUCAGAAGUCCGAGAAGUCUGACGUCACAACCAGGUUACCAGUGUUUCAGUUACCAAGUCAGAAAAAAGCUAAAUCGGAGGCAGAAACAAGAUGGCUACAUCUACGAAAGUUACUUUAGCACUUGCCUUGUCUGAAUAUAAGGCACUGCAACUCACUGCAAUGACAGUGUAUGAAGAGAUGGAUGGAUAAUGGACCAGUAAGUAAUCUAAUGUGAUGGCACCGUCCCCUCGGAUAAAUUUGACGAUAAAAUUAUAAACAGGCGCUGAUUUGUGUAACUUAAAGUCAUGGUUGACGGUCUGAGAAGCAGUUGAAAAAACUGAGCUGUUGAGGCAGAUUUAAAAAAAGCAUCCCACCCCCUCACACACACACACACAAACCCGUAUCGCCCUCCCCACGACACACCUCUUCUGGCAGAGCAAGAAGCCGGUCAGCAGAAGAUCCUACGCUAGCUUUAAAUAGGAUUCACUAUAUCGUAAUGUUAGUGACUAGCGGCAGCUCCGCUAGUGAGCAGCGUCUGCAGCUGCCUGGACAGCUACCGCGUUGACAUUGCAGAGACUAAUAAGAGUUAUUUAUGUAACAUGUGCCAUGAUAGAAGCCGAUAAAAAUGACCUGUUCAACAAAAACUCUGCUGUCUUGGCGUCUGUUUUCAGGCCCAAAUCCUGGCGGAGCUUUCUCCACCGCUCCAAGGAUGACCCGAUGUUUAUUCCAGUCAGAUUCCUCGCUUGGUCACAUUUCCUCUUCGACUCCGCCCUUUCUUCUGUCGGCUUGCGUUUUCUUCCCACUUUUGGCGGUGGGGCAAGCAGAAGUGUUUAUUUUUGCGUCCUUCUCCUUAACAGCUCCUGUAGCUAAGCUGCUACGCUACUUUUAGCUCAGAGCUCUGAGGAGGGCCGGGAAAGUGGGAGGGGACGAGUCGGAACUACGAGAGAGGGGUGUGUCGAAUACAGCAAGGUGAUUGGAUGGAGAGGCAGAGCAGGAGAUUGACCAAUAGGAGCUGUGGAUGGCUCCUAUUGGUCAAUGUUUUUGCAGCCCUGCACCUGCUAGGGUGAACAGAAUUUUUCUGUUCUUUUUUUCUCUUCACUUUGUUGAGAUCGCACUAUAGGACCAUGAUCGCCAUAGAAACGAGGUUCAUAAUAAUUACCAAUCUCUCAAAUUGUCAACCAUGCCUUGAAGAGAUUAAAAGCUGUUUUGAAGGGGGAUAGACUUAAACACCACAAUCCACCGGACCAGUUUUGUAGUGAAACCCAUCGCAGACCAUCUCUGUGCAGUUUGCUCCAGUUUUAGUUCAUUCUGACUGAGAUUACUUCUGUCAGCAUCUUCACUCUGCUGCUCAGAGCUGCUCUUUGCACUCUUAUCCUGACUGUGCUUAUUUGAUCUACUGACAGUAUAUGAAGAGGUGGAUGGAUAAUGGACCAAUACGUAAUCUAAUGUCCGUGUAGAUUCUCAUUCAUCAAGGUCAUGGUUAUCUUGAAGAUUUAAAAACAGGCAACUGGACUGUGUAGAGUUGAGACUCUACACAGUCCAGUUGCCUGUUUUUAAAUCUUCAAGAUACGUAAUCUAAUGUGUGUGAUGGCACCGUCACCUUGGAUAAAUUUGAUGAUGAAAUAAUAAACAGGCACUGAUUUGUGACUCCACCUGUGGCUUAAACCAGAUUGCUGCUACAGCAGUCUACGGUAGCCCUCUAGUGACACAAUUUUCUCCAAAUGAAGACUUAAUGGAUCAUUUUACAGUAGAGGAAUCAUGCAUCCUAAAAGUGGGCUGUCCUGUAUGUACCUGCUGAGCCUGUUAGCUGAGUCAUUAUCAGCAUGUUUGCGUGUUUGUGUAGGGAUGUACAUGCUGAGGUACGUCUGCAGACUCUUAGCUGACUCUCUUUCUGUCCUCAGUAUGGUAAGAAAGACGGAGGGGACGUCUCCCAUGUUCCACCUGGCUGGGACCAGUGGCAUGCACUGGUGAGUCUCACACACACACACACACACACACACACACACACACACACACACACACACACACACACACACACACACACACACACACACACACACGUAUGUGUAGAGUCUAUAAAUAAAGGCACUUCUGCUUUCACAGAGCUUCACUUUGUGGUUUCAGGUGGGGAACUCGCAGUACUACAACUACACUCUGUCAGUGAACGGUAAAGAGGAGAAGCACGGGGACAGCUAUGAGAAGGACUACUUCACAGACCUCAUAGUAAGCAGUCCUCUCACCGUACAGACCUGAGUGCACAGGUCUCUGCUCACACACAGUCUGGGAUCAGGUCUCAGGAGGGUUUAAAGGCUCAUUUAUGUGAGGGUUUAUGAGGAACAGUCCAGACUGUUUGGAUGAUCGAGGGUUUACUGUGGACUGAGUCUUCUUUGUGGUCCAGUCAGCAGUGUGAGGGUUAAUCAUCAACACUGUCACAUACAUGAGGAAUACUCAGGACAUUUGGUCUGCUGUUUUAAAUGUACAGGGUCCUCUGUUUUAUGUUAUAUGAAGUCAUGCUGCUCCUUUACGUCGUCCUCAUCAGGUGACCGUCGAGUCUUUCUGCUUACCCAGCUGUCUCUGUGCUCAGGACACUUUAUGAGAAGUGAACUUUCUCUCCUCUCUCCUCUCCGCUCAUGAUGUUUGAACAUAAAUCAGCAGAAAAUAGACUCCUUUAGUUUGGUGUUACAGUUUAAAUAGUUAUUUUCUAUAAUAUACCAAUUUAUCAAUGUAAUGCUCACAGUUUUAGUUUAAUUUUGUGGCUAUAAACCGGUUACCAUAAGUUGACCUGAUUUAGUUUUACAAGUCUUUAUUUAAAUCUCCUGUGUGAGGUUAUUAGCUGAUAAUAAAACAGACUACAGUUAAAAGUGAGGCCUCUUUAUGGCCUACAGCAGGGCUCCCAGACCGCCAAACUGGGCCACAAAAACACAGUUGGAUGUAAUUCCCACAUACAGUCCUGCUCACCAUUAUUGGCAGCCAUGAAGUUUAAGUACAUAAUGUGAAAAAAAUUUAUCAAUUGAAACCUGUUUUUCUGUAGAGAACUCGUGUUUGAUAUAAAAGACCAAAUGAUAAACAACAAUUUAAAUCAAUAAACAAUGGGAAGAAAAAAUAGAAAAACUUAAAGCGUGCUGUGUCACUACGAUUGGCACCCUCUCCUGUAAACUAGUAUGGGAACACAUUGUGACUCACCUUUGGUAAAUCACAAAUGAGAAUCACCUGUGAUUAAUUGUCUGUGCCCAUGUGACAUGAACUAACUAACGAAUGAAGACUUCUGUGUUUUAAAAAGCCACCUGUUAUCCCCUGUUCCUUUGCCACAAUGGUGAAGAGAAAGGAGCAGUCUGAGGACAUCAGAAGUAUAAUAAUUCGCAAACACAAGACCUCCAAAGGGUAUAAGGCCAUCUCCAAAGACCUUGGUAUCCCUGUUUCAACAGUGUGUAAUGUGAUUAAGAAGUAUCACAAGCAUGGAACUGUCAAGAGCCUCCCUGGACAUGGCCGGAAGAGAAAAAUUGAUGACUGAAGUCUUUGAAGGUUGGUGUGAAUGGUGGAAAAAACACCACGUCAAACAUCCAAAGACUUGAAGGCCAACCUUGAACAGUCUGGGGUCAUGGUUUCAACAAGUACCAUACGCCGCACACUCAACCAAACAGGGCUUUAUGGGCGAAGGCCAAGGAAGACACCAUUCCUGAGGCAAAGACAUAAAAAGAAACGACUAAUCUUUGCCAAGGAGUACCUGGGCAAACCACAAUCCUUCUGGGAAAACGUUCUGUGAACAGAUGAAACAAAAAUAGAGCUUUUUGGCAAUGCACACCAACAGUUUGUUUACAGACGGCGCAAUGAAGCCUACAAGGAAAACAACACCCUCCCAACAGUUAAGCAUGGUAGAGGAUCCAUAAUGCUGUGGGGCUGCUUUGCUGCAUUUGGUACUGGAGGCCUUGAUUGUAUCACAGGAAUCAUGAAAUCAGAGAAUUAUCAAGAGAUUCUAGAGCGAUAUGUCCUACUACUACUUAGAAAACUUGGUUUGAGUCGAAGAUCAUGGGUCCUCCAGCAAGACAAAGACCCAAAACACACAUCAAAAAGCACACAGGAAUGGUUGAAAAGGAAAAAUUUGACAGUUUUAAAAUGGCCAGCAAUGAGUCCUGAUCUCAAUCCCAUUAAAAAUCUUUGGUAUGAGCUGAAAUCUGCCAUUGUAAGUUCAAGAAUCAGAACUGAAACGACCUCCUUUAAAAAGUUGGAGAGCGCUGGUUUGACUCGGUGUUGGAGCAUUAGUCAUGUCAAUAAAAGGUGUUUGGUUGUCUUUAACCAGAUGUUCGAACAUACCCUGGGGUGAUAAUUACUCACAGAACAACAGGGUCCAUUUUCUCAGAGUAUUUCCAUCUGAUUCUGAUCCCUGCUAACAAAGACGCUGUUGUUUUCUCUCAGUUUUAUUCCUUCAAAUCUGAAAUGCUAAAACAGUUUUGUAUUAAGUGUCUCUUGAUUUCCUCCAUCCAGACGAACCGCUCCCUCCACUUCCUGGAUGACAGGAGUCCUCAGCAUCCGUUCUUCCUCAUGUUGUCUCCUCCGGCGCCUCACUCCCCGUGGACCGCGGCGCCGCAGUACCAGAAAGAGUUCAAUACGGUUAAAGCGCCUCGAGACGGGAGCUUUGACAAACCAGGGAAGGUGUGACUGAAAUCAUGUUCACGUCAUUUAAACUGAGGAACUUUUUCUUAAAAGUCCUUCAGUUAUAAUCAAACACAUGUUUUUUUUUUGUUUGUUUUAGGAUAAACACUGGCUGCUGCGUCAGCCUGUCAACCCCAUGCCGAACAGCUCCCUCAACUUCCUGGAUGAUGCCUUCAGGAAAAGGUUUGACCGCCAAGCCGUUUCCUCUGAGGUUUUGUAACCUGAUAUCAGAUCUGGAGUGGUGAGGGGGUUCUUGCUCUACAUUUAGAGUUUUCUAAUUCAUCUCAGAGUGUUUUGAUCAGAGAGAGAGGUCUGCUACAAUGGACAAAGUGUAAAAAAACUAAAUUUAAAAGAAGAUUCCUGCAUCAAAAAAACUUUCUCUGGUUUCUGUUUGAGUGUCCGAGGCUUUGGAAACAGAAAUGACGUACACUACAGGCUAAAAGUUUGGACGCAAGACCAAAACAGGCUAAACAUUUGGAAACUACUUCAAGUUUCUGUUCACAAUGCCUUUCAUAAAAAAAGGAUAAGUUAAAUGUAUUUUGGGGUGUAUUUAUUGCAUGACUAGACUUUGCUUUCAUUGAUAUGCACCAUUUUCCCUCAAUUUACCUUUAGGUAUACAUUGAUGUUACCAGACCAUUGCUGAAUAAAUGUCAACAAAAGAAAGGGAGGGCUUAGUUUUAGGUACAAGAAGAUUAGCAAGAGUCACAAAUUCAGUGUAAAAGUAAAAAAACAAAAAACAAAUCACUUUGCAUUAUUCGCUUUUACUUACUGGCUUUUGAGUGUCUGCAUACAAAAAUCCCAAUAAAUCUCACCCGUGUUCAAAACUCUGACAAACUGUCACAGAAAUGGCUAGAAAGAAGCAACUGAGUAAAGAAACAAAAGUACAGAUUUGUACAUUGAGGAAAGAAGGAUACACAGAAAGAGAAACUACAAAACACCUAAAGGUGUUUAACAAAGGAGUCCACUACACUCUGAAGAGACUAGAGGAACCUGGAAGUUAUGAUAGGAAAAGGCCUGGUAGAAAGAGGGUCACUACAAAAGCAGAGGAUAAACAUAUCAUUGUCACCAGUAAGAGAGAUCGGCGAAAAACAAAUAAGGGAGGAAAUCAACAUGACAAGGUCGAAACCCAUAUCUCUGACAACCGUGAAAAGACAUUUGAGAAAGGCUGGUCUGAAGGGUUGUGAAUCUGCAAAAAAAACCACUUCUUCGUCCACAGAACAAGAAAAAAAGAUACGAGUGGGCAAAAGCUCACAAAAAUUUGACCUAUGAUGACUGGAAACAAGUCCUCUGGAUGGACGAAAGCAAGUUUGAACUAUUUGGUUCCAAAUGCAGAGUCUAUGUCAGCAGACAAACUGAUGAACAUCUGAAAGCACCAUGUGUUACACCCACAAUAAAGCAAGGAGGUGGUAGUUCCAUGGUAUGGGGAUGUUUUGCAGGUGAUUGAGUAGAGGAUUUGUUUGAAGUAAAGGGUAUCAUGAAGAAGGAACAGUACCACUCCAUCCUCCAGCACCAUGCUGCUCCGUCUGGACUAAGACUUAUAGGUCCAAAGUUUGUUUUUUUUCAACAAGACAAUGACCCUAAGCACUCUGCCAAGCUCUCUCAGGGUUACCUAGACAAAAAAAGAAGAGGAAGGUGUUCUUCAAAAGAUGGUUUGGCCCCCUCAGUCUCCAGACCUUUCUCCAACUGAGCUUGUGUUGGAUGAAUUGGAUCGAUCAAUCAGAAAAGGGCGUCCCACGAAUCAGCAGUCUCUUUUUAAUGAACUUAAGAAAGCUUGGAAUGCAAUCCCUGGAACAUACCUUAAAAAACUUGUGGAACGAAUGCCUUGUAUAUGCCAAGCUGUUGUUAAAGCCAGAGGAGGUAACUUUAAAGAAAGCAAAGUCUAAGCAACAAUAACUCAAAUACCUGAUAAUUUUAGUAAAAAUGUCCUCUGAUAAGUUUUUCUUUAGAUAAUUACCUUUUUUUUUUUUUUGAUGCAAAGUAUUAUGAUUUUUUUUUUGUACAAAUUUGAUCUUGCGUCCAAACUUUUGGCCUGUAGUGUAGCUUUCUUCAUGAUCACCAAACAUGGGAGCUGCUGGUCUUUUUAUUUUUUUUUGCCUCGUUAGGAUUCAAUACAAAACUUGGGUGGCUUCAAUAAUUUAGAAAUAAAAGAAAACUGGGCAGGAGUAGAUCAGCAACUCCCAUAUUUAGAUAGCUGUAAAUAACUGGCUUUGUUAACUGGUUGGGUUUUUGUCCUGCACUGUGCACCACUAAAUGGCAAAUCUAAUCUGGAAUAAUCAUUAAAAGUAUCACAGAAGAAAACAAACUGACCAGCUGUUGUAGACCAGCAACUCCUGUACUCUGCAAGGUGUUUGAUCCAUGGUGUCUGUUUAGUUUUUUCUUGUUAGUGUGAGCUACAAAAUCAGUAAAUUCAAUUCCGAAAUUUUAAAACAUUAAAAAGACACAAAAAAAUACUAACUGUGGCAGACCAGCAACUCCUGUACUCUGCAAGGUGAAGGAACUUUUUUAUUUGGUUGAGUUUAGACAAAAAAAAUUCUUUGGCGUGUGCCACAAAAAAUAAAACUUGGUUUGAAAUAACUAAUUAAAAAGUCAAAUCAAAAUAACUUACAAUUGUGGCAGACUAGCAACUCCUGUGCUCUGCAAGGUUAAGCCUUGGUAUUUGAUUUAUGGUGUCUGUUUGUUUGUUUUUUUUCUGUUAGUGUGAGCUACAAAAUUAGUAAAUUCAAUCUGAAAUUAAAAAACAAUGAAAAAGCCACAGAAAAAAUCAAAACACAAAAAACAAACAAGAUGAAACACAUCACACCACAAAAAGCACAAACUGUGGCAGACCAGCAACUCCUAUAUCCUACUAGGAGUAGGAGCUUUUUUUCAAGUUGAGUUGAGACAAAAAAAUUCUGUAGUGAGUGAUACAAAAAAUAAAACUUGGUCUGAAGAAAAUAUUAAAAACUCAUAAAAAUAAAUAAAAACUGUGUAAUUGUGGCAGACUAGCAACUCUUGUGCUCUGUAAGGGGAAGCUUUUGAAUUUGCAGUCAGGUCUGGUUAACUUUCGGAAGUAUUUAGUCAGUAAAAAUAAAUUUAAUUUAAAAAUUUUUUUUAAAAAGUCACUUAAAAACUUGUGAACUUUCUGUUUUUGGCACACCAGCAACUCCUGUGUUCUGUGGGGUCAAAUUUCAGUCUCUGUUGAUGGUUUCUGGUUUAUGUUUGUUGGUUGUGUGUGCCACAAAUACACAAAUAUGACCUUUGAUUACGGGUAACAAAAACUCACAUUAGCUAAUAAUCAUGGUAGACCAGCAACUCCUGAGUUUUUAAAGACAUAUCGCAGCUCUUAUGAGUGGAGUUUUUUUGCUUUGAAGAAAGUGAUUAAAGGACAUAACCCCUGACUUGAAUCUUUAUUUCAAGGAUAAUGUCUCCAACAGGUGGCAGACCCUGCUCUCUGUGGACGACAUGGUGGAGACGCUGUUGAAGAAACUCGAGAGUAUAAAGGAGCUGAACAACACCUACAUCUUCUACACCUCAGAUAACGGAUACCACACAGGUCUGAGCGCGCUCCGUAAACACACCUGAACAUCACUCCUUCUGUCACCUGAUCAUGACCCUCUUCUCUGUUCUGGUCCAGGUCAGUUUUCUCUGCCCAUCGAUAAAAGGCAGCUGUACGAGUUUGAUAUCAGGGUCCCGCUCAUGGUCCGAGGUCCAGGCAUCAAACCAAACCAGACACUGAAGGUCCCGAGCGUCCUCCAACUUUUUUACAUUCACCUUGAUGUUUUUAAAACAGGAGCUUCAAAUUAAGAGCUUCACUUUGUCUGUCUUUGUGUUUCCUUCAGGCUCCAGUCUUAAACAUCGACCUUGCUCCCACCAUUCUGGACAUCUCAGGGGUCAACCUGUCUGUCGUGAACAUGGACGGCCAGUCCUUCCUCCCCCAGAUGGUCAGCUGUAACUUUAAUGGGUUUUCCUUAACUUUUUUCUCCUUCAGUUUUUGAAUCUGACUUUGUUUUUUUUCUAGGCUCCCUCUCUGCGUAACGGCACUGCUCGUCCUUUUUUCCUGGUUGAAUACACCGGAGAGGGACAUCCAGAACCAGAUCCCUCCUGUCCCAAACUUGGUCCUGGUCUGUCUGUGAGUAUCUGUAACCAGCAGCAUAACUCUACAAUACUUCUAUGAAAUAUGAACUCUUUGCUCAGUGUUUGACUCAUUUAACAAAUACAAAAAUUUAAAAUAAUCUGAACAAACUCGAGUUUCUCUGCAGAAAAGUGCAUCUUCAUAUUUUUCACAAACCUUCACUCACAGUCCUCAAUGAUCUGCUCAGUUUUUGCAGGUCUGAGGUCAAGAGUAUAUAUCAUAUUCUUGUGGGGAUAGAAAUGAAGGUUUGAUCUAAAUAUGACGAGACCCUAAAAAACUCAUUUAAAAAAAUUUUUAUGAGCGGAGAAAUGCAUUCCUUAAUCUUUUACAGCGUGCACACACUUGCAUGCACUCAUAUUAUCCUCUGAAGUCAGCAGGGUGUGUCACCUGCAACCUUGUAAAAGUUACAACAUACAAACAAAAUGUUAAAAGGGUUACCAGAGGUCGAAAGCUGACGAAAUUUACAGGAGAGCUGCAGGCAAAUAAACAUGUCAUAAUAAAAGUCACAAUUUGGAUCAUGUCAAAUAAGAAAAUAUGUGUAUUACCUGAUUAUAUCACCUGACAAAAAUCAAACAGCUCAAAGUAAAAGGAUAAAAGUAUGACAACUCCAAUAUCAAACUUAACUUUUUACUGUCCAAAUAAAUAGAUUGGCCUCACUUUUAACUUGGCGAUAACUCAACAUUAAUUUUCUCGCAGCAAUGUUUCCCAGACUGUGUGUGUGAAGACGCCUACAACAACACCUACGCCUGCGUCAGGACCCUGGACACCAACUACAACCUGCAGUACUGCGAGUUUGCAGACAGUGAGGUACAAACUGAGUUUUCUGGUCUUCCCCAGAGUCAUUAAUUUAAAAUGUAAUACCUAAACAUAUACAAGUUUUAAAGGUAGAACUCUUUUUUUUUUUUUUAGAGAAAGUUUUCUGUUCAUCUACUUACUGCAAACUUCUGUAAGGGCCUGUGUCCACUAACAGCAUUUUGAUGCUUGCAGCUGCCAUCCUCUGCAUUUCAGUGUUUUCAGCCCUAAUGCCCUCAGUGUCCGUACUGUCAGUUAGAAGUAACUCCACCAUGCUCAUCAUCAGUUGCGUUUACAUGGGCACAAAUAAUCGGAAUAAACGUCCGAUUGGAAUAAAACUGCGUCAUGUAAACAUGUUGAUCGGAAGAUUCUGACCCAAUUCAGCUCAAUCCGAAAGAAAUUGUAUUCCGAUCGAGAAGGGUGGUUUAUGCCGAUCAUUAUUCCAAACUUUGUCCAUGCAAACAUUCCGAUCGUGACUCUGUUACCUGACUCGGUCUUCACUCUUUACCCUUUGGUUUAUUUAUCAGGGCCAGUACAGGAGGUUUCAUUAUCAACAUUUUGGCAGGUCCCGUGUCUGCUCCUCCGAUAACAUAACAAGGCGUACAUACAGCGUAAUGAUGUCACAUCUGCACUCACAGUGCAACCUUUGACAGACCGGUAAAAUAAGCACACAAGGGCGCCAUCUAGUGACAACAUUUAACAAAGAGGAAAAAAUCCUGAAUAGAAUGAAGUGAGCUACUACCGCGUUUGUUGGUUCCUUGACAGCACAGGCGGAAAUACAACUCCUUCUCUGCGGUUGUUUUAGUAAAGUCAGACAACUCUGCACAUGUCCAAAGGCUUCUAAUCUGAAUUAAACUUGGUGCAUGUAUAUACACGUCAUGAUCAGAUUAUUUGAUUUUGCGCCCAUAUAAACAAUUGUUAGGUCUAAAACCUGCCCAAAUACCUGAAAACAUAUAAUGAAGAGAAAGACAAUGGUAUAUACUCGAGGAGAAUGGACAGAGAUCUUUUUUAGUUAUCUCAAUACCACUCUGGAAGUUCUUUUUUCUGUCCAGCCUCUUUUAUUUAGGGUUGUCCCUGGUUACACAAUGUUUCUAAAGGGUGGGGGAAAAUAUGUGCAGCAAAGUAAGCAUUUCAAAGAACAUAAUAAUGAACAAUUUGUGAAUAUGUGAAGGUCAAGGUGGCAUCUAACGAGCUCCUUCUGAUAAGCGUGUAUCCUCUCCAAAAACUUCCCACGAUUCAUCAGCGGAGGAUACGUCACCCCCACACCCACACCUGCUGAUAGGAAAAACACGGUCACAGAAAACUGAAAGAAACAUUGUUGUGCUGUGUAGAAAAGCUAAUGGAGAGAGAAGUUAGAAAACACUCUUAUGUGAUAAAAAUACUCUUAUAUAAUGUAUAAAAAGAGGUCAAAGCGGUUUAUACUUGUAGUAUAAACUCUUACAUAAGAAUAUGAGGAAUAAUGAUAACUUCUAUAUACAUUUAUGCACAUUAUUCUAACAACAAUGGAUUCCAAUUAUCCGUAUCCCUCAAAUUUUUAAUCAGAUCAAGAAAUUUUGCUAAUAUAAAACAUGGCUAAUGUCACUCUUCCCGAACUGACCAAUCAGAAUCAAGAGGGCACAAAACUAAGACUUCCAGUUCAAAAGCGAGGACACGAUUUCUUUCCAUUGUUUUAUAUUUUAAAUUUAUUUCAGAUGCAUAUGAAGCAAAAAUAGUGCUGGCAAAAAGUGAUCGCCCAACAGUUCAAGCAUCCUCAUGUGUUGUGGUUCCUGACUGGAGUCCAGGCUUUUCGCUGCAUGUCUUCUGUAACUCUCUCCACCCCAUAAUUUCUCUCUCUCUCUUAAGCUGUCCUGUCCAUUAAAAGUAAAAAUGACCACAAGUUCACCAGGCUAUGGAGGAAAUGGGUAACCCAUCUUGAAUAAGUGUCAUUUUAUCACACCAGGAGGCAGUUAAUGACAACUAAUAAUGUGCUCUAUUUCUUUUUUUUUUCUUAAUUUUCUUUUAUGCUUGAGUACAGUGCCCCCUACUGUCCUAUUUGAUAUGCUCUCUAGGUGUUGUUGGGCACUAGGGCGAGGAUGUUUCUGUCCUGUUAUGAUAUGAUGGACAAACUAUGGACAAAUGGAAUAAAAAUGAAUGAAAUAUCUCUAAACCCUGGACCUACCUCUUAAAAUGUACGCACUGUUACUAUGAUUCUUCUCUCCCUAUGUAAAAAUAUAUAUUUGUAUGUAUAUUUUUCUAUCUGUGCCUUUCCUUUCCUGUUCUUUCCUUUAUUUCAUUUUUUACAAGUAUUUUGAAAAACUGAAUGUAUUCAUAAAAAUAAAGUUAAAAAAAAGAAAAAAUGACCAAAAAUAUAACUUAAAGGAAAAAAACUCAGAAAUGCGGAUGUGAAAAUAGCCUAAGCAAAAAUGGUUAAAAUGGAUACAGGCCCUUAAUCUCACUUUUCAUCUUCAUCCAAAACUAUACAAACAUUUUACAAACCAUAAAGAUAUUAAAUAUUUAACAGUAACUGAGGCUUAUUGAGUGUUUUUGUGUCCUUAGUCUUUUGUGGAGGUGUAUAACCUGACGUCAGACCCCCACCAGCUGGAGAACAUUGUGAAGAAGGUGGACCCCACCGUCUUGCAGGCCAUGAACCAGCGGCUCAUCAAACUGCAGUCCUGUGAGGGCGACAGCUGCCGAAACAUCAAGUAAAACAAAAGCAGACGAGUUUAUCCUCUCAGUGACAGGAAGGGUUUGAUGAUCUGUUUUCUUUAAUUAACUGUCUCGUUCAGACCGCUCUCACGGGGAAAGGUACAGGCUAGGUUAAAACGGCUGACCUCUGUUAAGCUGCUUCAGUUUCAGGGUCCUGGCUUUGUGCAUGCUGGCUCACUGUCACAACAUCAUGACUGACUGGGACACUUGAACAGAAAACAGCCGUCAGUCAAAGAAGAGGUUGGAAUAAGUUUGGAUGAGAGGAUUGAUACCACUGUCGUAUCUGUUUACUUCUUUAUCUACAGUUUCCUCUGUUUAAUAUCCAGAAAAAAGCUGCUAACAUCACAGCAAGUUCACAUGUGUUAAAAAACUUCAUGAAGGAACUUUUUUACUUUUUUAUUUUGGGCCUAAAAUAAGGAGAUUGUCACUGUUAAAUUAGCUUAAAUGAGCACUAGUACUCUAUCUGCUGUGUGAACUUCUGCUGCUGUUUCCCCUGUUUGGUCUUUCUUUAGUUUUACAAUUUGGGUAGUGUAAAUAUUUACCAUCAUGAAGGUACAGAGAAGAGUCAUUUCACUUCAAUUAGCAUAAUGACUGUUUAUUUAAUCUGCACAAGAGCUUCAUAUGACAGACAUGAGAGUGGUAUCAAUGUCAUCUCAGCUAACAUCCAUUAGAAAGUUUACAGUUUUGUUUUACAGGGUAUUUCCAAAGAGCUUCAUCCUCCUCUUCUCUCCUCUCCGGGAGCACCUGUACUUCUCCUACUGAGACGAGUCGAAAUGUCUACUGUGAAGAAAUGUUUUCUCUGAGCUGUGCUCAAAAAUCUCCCUCAAGAAGAAGUUUUCUGCUAAACAACUUUCUGUUUUUACUGCAAACGCCUGUAAGGGCCUGUGUCCACUAACAGCCAUCCUCUGCUUUUCAGUGCUAAUGCCCUUCCUGUCAGAUAUGUUUGUUGCUGCACCUUCAGCUGACACUAGGUAUAGUUUGAAAAGUUUUUGUUAAUGUCACUUUUCCCCAACUGACCAAUCAAAAGAGAGAAGGGACAGGGCUGUCAUUUUCAUUUAAAAGGGACAGGACUUUUUUUCCUUUUUUAAUUUUUUACAUUUUCACUGCAUGAUGACUUUGAAUGAAUAUGAAAAAAAAAACAGUGCAGGUGAAAAGUGCCUUAGGGUGUGAACGCAGCCUAAGCAAAACAUGUCUUGAAUGGACACAGGCCCUUAACGUCACUUUUCAUCUUUUCAUUAUUCUGAGUUCCAAACAUUCAAACAUUUUACGGGCCAUUGAAAGACUAAAUGUUAUUUUGUUUUAUGAACCCAAAGGAUUUCUGGUACCCUGUAGCUGUACUUCAUGCAGUCAUCUGUAAAGAAAGAGUCUAAAAUGCACUUUGUGGUGAGAGUAUUGCUGUAGCCGAGCUUAGCAUGCGGACUGAAGACAGAGGGAAACAGCUAAGCUAGUGCUGGCAGCGAAAUCCACCAAUCAGAAGCUCACUAAAUAAUAAAUGAUGUCUUGUUUUGGGUUAGUGUUGCUGUAAUGAUAAGAAGUUUGGGACCAUUUCUUUACUUUCCUCAGCUGCUUGGCAUAAAAUCAGAUUUUUUUUGUUAAUGUGUAAAUGAAUCAGUUUCUUUUGAUAAAUCCAGACUGAUUUCACACCGAUUACAGUCUUUACUCUGAGCCAGAAUAAGUGACUCGUCUUCUGUCCUCUCACCCGACGCUCAACAAGGUGAGACUGUUUCUUUGAGAUGACCCUGCAGACUAAAACUGUUCGUACUCUCCGCAGCACUUCCCUAAUCAGCUGAGAUGAAAAAUCGUUUGAAUGUUUUCUCUCCGACUUUGUGCCACGGUUUUAAUCCUGAUGGGGUUUGUUUGAAUAUUUGACAGAGUAUUAAUGAUAUUUGUUUGAAGGCUUUUUUCAGUGGAAGCUGGAAAAAAAAUGUGCUAAAACUGCUGAGACAUAUGUUUUUACUCGACUGUCGGGGAUCCAGUAAGGGAAACUUCACCUGAAAAUGAACGCUUUAAUCCUGUGUGCCUUGUUUUUGCACUGACCAGGCUCAUGGGCCUUUUUUUUAAAUGUGAAUGUAUUUUGCACUGUGAUGAAAGUGAUAAAAAUAAAUCAAAAGAAGCAUUUUAA